AUGCCUAUAUUGGGUGUUUUCAGUCAGAAAAAGAGGAAGCAGCCGCAGGAUGGGCAACAAGCUAAGCUGGCUGACCAACUGUUCUCUACCGCAGGACCAGAACCAAUUCAUCUUGGAGGGUUGGUUGUUGAGCAGGCACUACUAAUUGCCCGCGGCUCCUCAGAACCGCACGUGAAACCUCUUCUACACAACACCGUCGCAAUCGCCUUUAUGGGAACACCGCAUCUUGGUUCAAGAAAAGCUGACUGGGCACAUUCAAUCACGCGUCUUUCAAAUUUGUUGCGCAAGACGAAUAAAGAAAUCGUGGCCGUUUUGCAGCCAGGGUCGGAAACACUAGCAAACCUACAACAAGAAUUUCAUACCAUGUUAGAAGAUAGAAAGAAGAAUGAAAGGAAGAGGAUCGAAAUUUUCUGCUUCUAUGAAGAACUGCCUUACCGAGGUAUUGGUCAGAUUGUUCCACGCGAAUCAUCCAUUCUUCCAGGGUAUCCCAACAUCAGUAUCCAUAGUAAUCAUUCAGAUAUGACGAAAUUCAGCGGCGAACUAGACUCUGGAUAUAUUCGACUUCGUGAUCAGCUAUGGCUCUGGAUUCAAGCAUUCAACAAAACCAAAGGAGUCAGCGCAGUGUCUGAGCAAUCGCAAGUACAGGCCCGAGACACACCGCAGGAUAGAAGUGCCGUAUCAUCCAAUGGAGGAGCGAUCUUCAUGGGGAGUGUUAGUGCUGGAAGAUACUUCACUUACAACUCCAAUUAA